AUUACCGGAGUGGCGCCCUCCGCAUUUAUUUCCCCGUAUCUCGACCAUACGGCUUAUCGGGAAUCAAUGAGUGCAUAUCAUUAAGUGUUUGAUACCCUGUAAAAAACAAAACAUAGGAUAUUUGCGGGUUAAUUGAAUGUGCAAAUUCAGGAAACUAUAUAAUGUCAUUUGUGUAUUUUACCUAUCAUUAGAGGUUUGGGAACAUAGUAGUAGUUCGUUUAGAGAAAUGGCAACCAGUGGCUAUCGCUUUGUGGGUUUUCUGGCCAUGAUGAUGGUCAUCAUGGUGGAGGCUGCAGAUAGGGAGGGCUUUCCCGUAUCCAUCAUCCACAUAAACGACCUGCACGCCAGGUUCGAACCCACGGACACCUCCGGCGGCACCUGCGAUGAUGGAGAGGAGUGCAUUGGCGGAUAUCCGCGCACCGUCUACACCGUGAGGAAGCUCCUCCAGGAGCAAGCGGACCUCAAUCCCAUCUACAUCAAUGCCGGCGACAGUUUCCAGGGAACGCUCUGGUACAACAUCGGUCGCUGGAACGUCACCCAGCAGCUCCUGAACAUCCUGCCCGCCGAAGCAAUGACCCUCGGCAAUCACGAGUUCGAUCACGGAGUGGAGGGGCUUGUACCCUUCCUGGAAACAGUGGAGACCAAUAUGCUGGUGGCCAACAUGGACUGCGCCCACGAACCCACCUUGGAGGGCAAGUACAACAAGUCGAUGAUCAUUGAGCGGUCGGGUCGAAAGAUUGGCCUGAUUGGUGUUAUCCUAGAGACGACCUACGAUCUGGCCAAUACCGGCAAGGUGAUCUUUCGAAACGAGAGCGAUACUAUUCGCGAGGAGGCGCAGCUGCUAAAAGCCCAGGGGGCCAACAUCAUCAUCGUGAUCUCACACUGUGGCUACGAUGUGGACCAGGAGAUCGCGGCCAAUGCCGGCGACUGGAUCGACGUCAUCGUGGGCUCCCACUCGCACACCUUCCUCUACACCGGUGAUCCGCCGGGUCCGCACAGCCCCGCCGGCGAUUACCCCACCGAGGUAAUCCACAGCUCCGGCCACCGCGUCCUCAUCGUCCAGGCCUCGGCCUAUGCCCGCUACGUGGGCAACCUGAUCGUCUACUUCGAUGACAACGGCGAUGUCCUGGAUUUCGAGGGCGAUCCGCUCUACAUGGACCAAUCCGUGCCCGAAGAUGAUAUCGUACUGCAGGCGAUGGUGCCGUGGCAAAACGAGAUGGAAUCUUACGCCAACCGGGUCGUGGGCGAAAGUCGGGUUUAUCUCCAGCAGGUCGAGUGCAGCCGUGGAGAGUGCAAUCUGGGGAACUUUUUCACGGAUGCAAUGCUUCAUGCGUUCGUCAAAGAUGCUUCAUCAUCGUCCCUCGAGGACAGUUGGAGUAACGUGACCAUAGCCCUGACUUCGCAGGGCACAUUUCGAGUGCCCAUUUCAGCUGGCAACAUCACCUAUAAGCAACUUUUUGCCAUGUGCCCCUGGCAGAAUCGAUUGGUCGCCCUAACUCUUCGUGGGAAGCACAUUGUGGAGCUUCUGGAGCACGGUGUGGCGCCCAUGAACGUCAGUUCGUUCUCGCCCAGGUCCUCCAGAUUCCUGCAGGUUUCCGGUCUUCGGUUUGCUUUUGAUUUGACCGGUCCCGCUGGUCAGCGCGUCUCCAAUGUCCGAGUUCGGUGCUCCAAGAGCCAAGUGCCCGAGUAUGGACCACUGGCUAUGGAGGAGAGGUACCGCGUGGUGGUCAUGGAAUACCUAGCGAACGGAAAGAAUGGUUUCGGCGUAAUCAGCGAAAACGCAGAGGAUCUUGAGUAACUAUUGCACACAAGGUAAAUUUAAUUUGGACCCCGAAAAACAAAUGGAUUCGCUUUUUCCCAGAAUGGGUCCUUUCGAUUUGGAUGCCUUGAUGGACUACAUAAGCGCCGUGGGACCAAUUACCUCUAGAAUUGAGCAUAGGAUUAAAAAACGUAGCUUUUAUUGACGAAAUAUUUGGUAUUGUUUGUAUUUUUUGGAUUUUUCUUUAGGUAACUCGAUAGGAAACGCAGACGGGUAAUACCCUCUGCAUGUUGCAAAUAAAAUACAUUUUCUUCUCAAAAAAAAUACCGAAA